GAUUUACUUUGACAUGUUCAAGUCAUAGCGCGUCAUAUUGACGACUUUGAUCCGAUCCGAGUCGCAGUGAAAGAUGAGUGGACGAUCAGUAGUAGCGAGCGUGAAGAAGCUAGCGCAAGCUUGGCCCAAAGACAGGAUAAGGCCGCAGUUCCAAUUCUGCGAUGCCUUCGUCUCCGCCGCAGAGCGAUCGUUCGGAUCGAAAGAGACACUCUCAAGCGCAGAGCAAGCUUCCGCUCAGCGCAUGGUAGCCUCGCUGCAGCGAUUACAACGCAAUGAUGCAAAGAACAGGUAUCCUGUUGGUCCGAUCAUCACACAGCCUCAAUCGAUGCCGAAGCAUUAUGUCAAUCUACUGCAAGGCCUGCAGAGAGCCGAGAGCGGUGAAGAGCCUCGAUUCGCUCGACUGAAGCGCUUCUUCGGCAUGCAGAUCUAGCUUUGCAAAUCACCUCAUCGUUUGCUCUUGUUGUAAUAUUCGCCGCCAAUAGAUCGAUGUAGAUCAUUCGCAAUGGCUGGCGAAUAGACGCUACGUAAGAUGAGCUGGGAUGUCGUACGCACCGAUUGGCACGGCAUUCUGUGUCUCCGUCACAGAUCCCUGUACGUCCGUUUGAGCACAAAGCUAUCGCAAGGCUUGACAACGACGUGCGUGCAGCAGAAU